AGGUCAUUAGUUGAAAAAUGGGGGUAAAAAUGUACAAAGGCACAUGGUUAAAAAAAUCUGCAGCGGCACGAAAGUAGGAGUGAAAACUAGUUUCAAUUCAGCCAACACACCCACAGUCACAUUUACAGAGAAGCAGGCUGAGUGGGUGGGUAAUUUCCCACAUCGUGAAAGGUCAGCUAAAACAUCAUAGGUGCCCGACACGUUUGCCCCCGCUGACCUUUCCCCAACUAAAUGAAUCUCACACCCACUGCUGACUGUGCGUUCUCCAGCUGCCCGAGGCUCUGCUGCCUUUGUGUCAAUGAAACUGUGUUACAAUGAAUCUGGACGCCCCCACUCGAGAGCUGGGAGGUUGCGUCAACUUAACACACAAUCUCAGAGAGCCCGAACCCUGAACACAUCAAAGAUUUAAUUCACACUGACAAUUAAUGAGGCUCUGAAUCUAUGGCAAAGUAAUUAUUUGUUUUUCAUAAAGUGAAAAGCAACCGUUUUAGUUUUAUAAAUGCAAACAGGUGUCACUACUCUUUAUUUAACACUGCAAAAUAAUUGUUUGACUUUUGGACAGUUAUUUCAUCAUGUAGCCGCCACUUGCCGUUUGUCAUUUAUCUAUAUUUAAAUGUAUUUUUGUAAGGCAAAGACAAUUGGUAAUAUCUAUCUAUCUCAUACAUCUAGACUGAUUUAUACUUGUAAGUCAGGGCUUGCAGCCUGUGUCUAAAUUUAGUUUCUGUCUAAAUUUAGUACUUUAAAAUUUUUUUAAUUCUGAUAUAUAUCUUUUUGUAUUUUAUCUUUAUUCUAUACGUAUUCUAUUGCCAUUCAACUUGCUUUUCUAUCUGUGCUAUUUGAGCUGCUGCAACACUUGAAUUUUCCCAGAUAGUGAUCAAUAAAGUUUCAUCUUAUCUAAUUAUAGUUGGUAAUUUAUAUUAUAUACUAAGAUAGGGUUUUGCAAGACAUAUACUUAGUAAUAACCAUUAUAUACAUAUGCAUGGGUUAUUUUUGUGUGCUAGUGUGAAAGUAACUAUACACUGCUUUUCAUUUUUUGUGAGUAUUACUUUCUUUCUGUCUGCUUGUUUGUAUGUUCAUGUCUUUUUAUAUGUUCAAAAUAGAAAUCAACUAUCAAUUAUUACUGAUAACAGUGAUUUAAGGGUUAAUCAAUGCUGAAAAAUAUCAACUGAACCUCUUAGUGUUUAUUUUUGUAACUUAAUGAACAAAGAAUAAUUCAUGUGUUCACUAAGCAAAGCCAAUCAUCAGUGAGGCAGAUGAAGAUGCAACAGUCUGCAUUGCUGCCACCCUGUGCUGUGCUGGUGGCUGCUUUCAGAUCAGGGCGCUAUAAUUGCGUCAUCUUAUCUGGGAGCAAUCACCUUACUUAUAAAGACUGGUGUAGUCCGGCGUCACAACACUACAGACAACCCUCCGUCCAGUGCCCUGUGAGGGGGCCUUUCAGGAAGCAAAACACUGGCCCCGUGCCACUGUGUAUCUAGGACAAAGUUGGGAGGCGGGGCCAGCUGGGGAAAUGUAGUCGGAAGAGAGGCAUCGUCCUUGUAUCUAAUUCUGCACGUACACGACGAGUGAAACCAGCUAUUAAAAGUCAACGUUGGUUGUGAGAGCCGUUAAACUGUGGCUGUAUAGCUCACCAAAUCCACGCGGGUCAACGGUUAAUGUGAGGUGUGGUUUUUGGCACCGCUAUCAGGACUGGAGAUACGUGACACCCGCUCCAUAACAAAGAAAUCCAAUGACGUCUUCGAAAAUAUCCACGUCUGUGUGCUUACGGGAACAAGGAGGUCAGAACCGGCGAGUCUAGCGCUGCCGCUUACCAGCUAAACCACGAGCCCCAGAGCCAUUUUGAGAAUGCUCCCGAGGCUCGCUGCCUCCCUACGGCGGCCCACUGCUGCUCCCCUCGCGACCGCAAUACGAUGCGUCUCCUCGGGCACAGUGGACAUCACCGACCCGCUGAACUUCUGGGCUGGGAAGAGAUGGCCGAGCCAAGAGAAGUGCAACAAGGAAAAGGUUUACGAACCUGCAACAGGGCGAGUCUUGUGCCAUUUGGAGCCGUGUGGUGCUGUGGAGAUCGAAGAGGCUGUGACAGCUGCCAAGUCGGCCUUUAGCUAUUGGAGCAAAAUGUCUGGCAUGGAGAGGGCAAGGAUCAUGAUAGAAGCUGCCCUUAUCAUUGAGAGCAGGAGAGAGGAGAUAGCUGAAAUGGAGGUGGUCAAUAAUGGCAAGUCCAUCACAGAAGCCCGUCUGGAUGUGGACUCUGCCAGACUGUGUAUAGAGUACUAUGCAGGGCUGGCCAGCACUCUGGCAGGCCAGCAUGUCCAGUUGCCAGGGGGAUCCUUCGCCUACACCCGCAGGGAGCCUCUGGGAGUCUGUGUCGGCAUCGGUGCCUGGAAUUAUCCUUUCCAGAUAGCUGCGUGGAAAUCAGCUCCAGCCCUGGCCUGUGGCAACGCCAUGGUGUUCAAGCCGUCGCCGGUGACGCCUGUGACAGCGGUCAUUCUGGCAGAGAUCUACACCGAGGCUGGAGCUCCAGAGGGGCUGGUCAAUGUGGUGCAGGGCAGCCAGGAGACCGGCAGUUUACUCUGUCACCAUCCUGACGUUGCUAAGGUGUCCUUCACUGGCAGUGUGCCCACAGGCAAGAAGAUUAUGGAGAUGGCCUCCAAGGGGGUGAAGCCUGUGACUCUGGAGCUUGGGGGAAAAUCUCCUCUGCUCAUCUUUCAGGACAGCGAUCUGGAGAACGCUGUGAGAGGAGCUCUCAUGGCCAACUUCCUGUCUCAAGGCCAGGUCUGCAGCAACGGCACAAGGGUUUUUGUUCAGAAGGAUAUUCUGCCUGAGUUUGUGGAGGAGGUGGUGAAGAGGACACAGGCCAUCGAGAUAGGAGACCCACUGUUGGAGAGCACCCGAAUGGGAGCACUGGUCAGCCAGCCACACCUGGAAAAAGUCCUGUCCUUUGUUGAUCAGGCGAAGAAGGAGGGAGCGACGGUGUUGUGUGGAGGUGAACGUUUUGUCCCGUCAGAUCCCAAACUCAAAGGUGGAUAUUACAUGACUCCCUGUGUAUUGGGUGACUGCACAGAUGAGAUGACCUGUGUGAAGGAGGAGAUCUUCGGUCCUGUCAUGUCUGUGUUGUCGUUUGAAACAGAAGAGGAGGUGCUGCUGAGAGCCAACAACACAGACCUGGGCCUGGCUGCAGGAGUUUUCACUAGGGACGUGAGGCGAGCCCAUCGUGUGGUGGAAAACCUCAAAGCUGGUUCCUGCUACAUCAACAACUACAACAUCACUCCUGUGGAGGUGCCCUUUGGAGGGUUCAAAAUGUCAGGCAUAGGGCGGGAGAACGGUCAGGUGACACUUGAAUACUACUCUCAGCUGAAGACUGUGUUUGUGGAGAUGGGAGACGUGGACAGCCUCUUCUAGGACACGCGUAAAAAGGUGGAGCUGUAACAGUGACCCAGAGACUAAAACAGAUGAUGUGAACCAGAACAGCACUUCAGGGAAAAACCAUCAAAUGCUUAAGUGCAGAGGAAGAAGCCUGGAUCAAGGGAGCUCAAGUCUGUCCUGAAAAUGAGCCAUGAUUUUUUCUAAUAUUUUCAGAAUGCAAGGGAAAUGUAAUUCUGAGGCAGUCAGUCAUGGGAAUAUGGAAUUGAAGAAAUUUGUCUUAAAUCUGAAACACAGUUGAAUUCACCUUGUAGUUUGUGUGAAGUUGAUCAAGUUAAAGAUUGUUCUCAGUAUUUACUGAACUUUGAUUUCAACAUCUAGAGCAUUAAUGAGUCAUAAUGUGAUAUAUAUGAUUUGCACUAUGUUUUGUUGCUUAAUAUGUUCUGUCAUCCAGGUACAGAAUAACUUUUUUACAGAGUAAAAAUUUUUGUACUUAAGAACAAAAAUGUUUACAAGUCAAGCUUUAUUUCUUGAACAAUACACAUCUGUAUAUUUUUAUACACACAAAAUACUAAAAAAUGAAGCACAUUGAACACAGUGUUUAAAUUACAGCUGCGACAAUACAAUUGUGCCUUGUCUGUAGAGAUAAUUAUGUAAAGAACCUGUCUAAUACAUUUUCAUAUCAAAUAAAUGGUAACGUAACACUAAA